UUUUACACCUCACAAAAUAUUUCAAUUUAAAUCAUCAACGUAUUCAGAUACUUCAUCUGUGAUCAAUGUUUCACUACCUGUGAUUAAUAUAAACUUUUCUAGUGUGUGUUGGUUUGUGUUCAUACAGGAUGAGGUGUUAAUGGUUCAGGAGGCAAAGAGGGAGUGUUAUGGCAGAUGGUAUCUCCCUGCGGGUCGCAUGGAGGAGCGUGAAAGCAUUGUAGAGGCGCUGCAGAGGGAGGUCAAGGAGGAGGCGGGAAUAGACUGCCAGCCAAUCACACUGCUGAUGGUUCAAGAACAAGGACCAAAGUGGGUUCGCUUCGUCUUCCUUGCAGAGGAAAAAGGAGGCUCUCUGAAGAGGCCAGAGGAUGCAAACGCCGACUCGCAGCAAGCUCAGUGGUACGAUCACGAAUCUCUUGCCUAAAAAUAUAUC